AUGGGAAAGAAAGAUCAUCAUCUGCAGCAGAGAGAUCAGCAGAGCAAAGACGACGCAAGGGUUGAAGCUGUUCUUCAGCUUCUACGAAAACAAGCCCCACUUUCAGUCAAACAGGAGAAGUUUUGCAACACUGCUUGUGUUGAGAGGUUUCUGAAGGCAAAAGGAGACAGUGUUAAGAAGGCAGCCAAGCAACUGAGGGCUUGUCUUUCUUGGAGACAAAGCAUUGGCACUGAGAACUUGAUAGCAGAUGAGUUCUCAGCUGAACUUGCAGAAGGGGUUGCCUACGUGUCCGGGCAUGAUGAAGAAUCCAGACCCGUUCUGAUUUUCCGGAUCAAGCAGGACUACCAGAAGUUCCAUUCACAAAAACUGUUCACUCGCUUAUUGGUUUUCACGCUGGAGGUGGCCAUUGAGAGCAUGCCCAAAAAUGUCGAGCAGUUCGUUCUCCUUUUCGACGCAAGCUUUUUCAGAUCAGCUUCGGCUUUUAUGAACUUGUUGCUGGCAGCACUGAAAACUGCGGCAGAGUACUACCCAGGACGGCUGUUCAAGGCCUUUGUAAUUGACCCUCCCACUAUGUUCUCUUAUCUCUGGAAGGGUGUACGACCCUUUGUGGAGCUCUCUACGGCUACGAUGGUGGUGUCAUCACUAGACUUUGAGGAGUCGUUGGACUUCAACGACUUCUCAAACUACCCACGAGCCUCGUCCCUACGAUUCGACCCUGCGUCAAUCAAAUCAACGGCCAAGAUCGGCUCCUGCUCCUCCUCGCGUUUCUCCUUCACUGUUUCUCACCACCAGUUCGACUCUCUCAAGCCUUGGUACCUCAGCCUUACCGACACGUCAGCAUCCAAAGUAGGGCCCACCAGUCACUCCCCACUGGGACCCGCACUCAUCUCUCCCCUAAACGCUCGGUCGUUCUCCUUUGCAUCCCCAGCCGCGAGAACGCCACGUGGAACCAUCCACGGCUACGGCAACUCGGCGGCCACGAGGAAGAGCUUGUUCCCGUCAACCCCACUGCCCCAACGGUGCACCAGCAGCGAGGCGAGCACAACCCCUCGCCACCCUCGGACCCCACGCCCUUCGUUCCUCCAGUCACCGGCCAUGUUCUUCCGCAGCAGCACUAGCAAGGAAUGCCACGUGAGCAAGACGGAGAAGUCGCGGGAGUCGUUCGUCCCGUUUUUGAAGUUCUACAGGAGGCCGUACGACGAAAUGAUUUACAGGUCAAAGAUGCGGCCCCCACUGGGCGGGCUCAUCUCCAUCGUCUCUCCCCACCUGAGACGCCGCCACGUGUCAGUAUCGCAACGGUUCUAA